AUGUAUUUACUACCAAAGGAGCAAAAACCAAUGGACACCAAUCUUGGGCUGAGGCAUCAGAAGCGGAAGAUUGGGCUCUACAACAAUGAUAUCAACAAUAGCCAAGGUGAGACCGCCGAGUCCAAGAUGGCUAUACCGGAGCCUCGCGAACCACCAGCAGUGAUGAAGGCCACCAAUUGGAGGUUAGAUGAUUUGGCAGACGAAAUGGGAACCGCGGACGGUGGUGAACGUAUCGACGUCAUCAUGAACCCACACCGGCAUGAAACGACUUAG